AUGCGCUGCUGUCGGCUGCCGCUGCUGCUACUGUUCUUCUUUUGGGCUAUGCCGCCCGUACCCGGUGGGCGCCACUACCCGCAUAGCGCCGUGUUGGACGGCUCGUCCCGCUACCGGCUCUCGUGGGCUCACCAGGGCGACACCAUCGCCUUCCGCCUGGAGGUGCGCACUAGGGGCUACGUGGGCUUCGGCUUCUCCUCCACAGGAGCUAUGACUUCGGCGGAUAUGGUGGUGGGCGGCCUCGACCGUGGCAAGCCCUAUUUGCAGGAUUGCUUCACAAAUGCAGACAGAAUACUGAAAAAAGAUUCUCAGCAGGAUUACCAUCUGGAGUAUGCUAUGGAAAAUAAUACUCACACAAUACUAGCUUUCAGUCGGCAGCUUCACACUUGUGACCCAAAUGACAAGAGCCUAACGGAAAGCACAGUACGAGUAAUAUGGGCCUAUCAUGAGAGAGACUUUAAAUAUGGAGGUCAAAACUACCAUGGUUCUAAUCGGGGAACGAAGAGUCUUCGUUUAUUGAAUCCCGAGAAGAAUGCUGUAAUCCCGCCCUCCCUGCCAUAUUUUGACUUGGCAAACCAAAACGUGGCUAUACCAGAACAGGACACGACCUAUUGGUGUCAAAUGUUUAAGAUACCUAUCCUGCAUGAAAAGCAUCAUGUGAUAAAGGUUGAACCACUCAUUCAGGAGGGUCAUGAGAGUAUAGUGCACCAUAUGCUUCUCUAUCAGUGUAGUAGCAGUCUAAACGACAGUGUUCUGGAUUAUGGCCAUGAGUGCUAUCACCCAAACAUGCCAGAUUCAUUUCUCACCUGUCAAACAGUCAUAUUUGCUUGGGCUAUUGGAGGAGAGGGUUUUAUCUACCCUCCUCAUGUUGGCUUAUCCAUUGGAACAGCUUUAGACCCUCAAUAUGUACUCAUGGAAGUCCAUUAUGAUAACCCUUCAUAUUUGGAAGGGAUGAUCGAUAAUUCUGGACUAAGGCUAUUUUAUACUGCAAAUUUAAGGAGAUACGAUGCUGGAGUUAUUGAAGCAGGGCUUUGGGUCAGCCUCUUCCAUAACGUCCCACCGGGCAUGCCUGAAUUCGUGUCGGAGGGCCACUGCACACUGGAGUGUCUAGAAGAAGCUCUUGAUGCUGAGAAGCCAACCGGAAUCCAUGUUUUUGCUGUUCUUCUCCAUGCACAUCUUGCUGGCAGAGCAUUAAGGAUGCGCCAUUUCCGCAAAGGCAGUGAACUACAACUGCUGGCUUAUGAUGAUGAAUUUGACUUUAACUUCCAGGAGUUUCAGUACUUGAAAGAAGAAAGGACCAUCUUGCCUGGAGAUAAUUUAGUCACUGAAUGCCACUACAGCACCCUCAAUCGAUCGGAUAUGACCUGGGGUGGUUUUAGCACCAGAAAUGAAAUGUGCCUAUCCUAUCUCGUGUAUUAUCCAAAAAUAAACCUUACUCGGUGUGAAAGUAUUCCUGACUUAAUGGAGCAACUCCAGUUCAUUGGUGUUAAACAAAUUUACAGACCAGUGAGAACCUGGCCAUUCAUUAUCAAGAGUCCAAAACAAUACAAAAAUCUGUCUUUCGUUGAUGCAAUGAACAAAUUCAAAUGGUCCAGAGAACAAGGUCACUCCUAUAAUGACUAUGUUCUUAAGUUACCAUUAAAUGUAAGGUGUACCAAGACAGAAAAUGCAGAGUGGACUAUUCAUGGAAUGAUGGCUUUACCACCUGAAAUUGAAAGACCUUAUACUGCAGAACCAAUUAUAUGUAGCUCAUCUUCCCGAUUAAAUGCCAAUUUAUUUUUAACUGUGUUGAUUGUAGUGCAUAUCUCAGCCAUUGCUUCAAGGAAUCACGAACCUUUUGUACAAUUGUAG